AUGGGUCAAUAUCGUAUUGAGGUAUCUCCCAACAACCGCGCUGGUUGCAAGGACGCCCACUGUAAGAAGAACUCCGUGAAAUGCACCAAGGGCACUCUUCGCUUCGGAUCUUGGGUCGAAAUCGAGGAACAUGGAAGCUGGGCAUGGAAACAUUGGGGUUGUGUCUCUGGUCAGCAGCUAGGGAACGUCCGUGAACUGUGCCAGCAAGGCGAUGGUAGCUUCGAUUGCGAUAUGAUCGACGGCUACGACGAGCUUGGCGAACAUCCGGAACUGCAGGAGAAGGUCCUCCGCUGCGUUACGCAGGGCUUCAUUGACCCCGAAGAUUUCAACGGAGACCCCGAGAAGAACAAGCUCGGUGUCACAGGCAUUCACUUGACUCCUGCCCAGAAGAGGAAGAAGGAGGCUGCCGAGGCUGCUGCAGCAGGCGGUGAAGACAAGCCCAAGGCCCAGGGUAAGCGUGGACGAAAGAAGGCCACUGAUGCUGACGACGAGGAGGACGAGCCGCAGGCCAAGAAAGCCCGAAAGUCUGAACCUGUGAAGGUUGAGGAGGACGAUGAGAAGAAGCCUGCUGCUAAGAAAGCCCGUGGCCGCAAGUCCAUCCAAGCCAAGAACGAGAGUGAGAAUGAGGAUGAGGCUCCCGCUCCUACCGCCACCAAGAAAGGACGCCGAGCAUCAUCCCAGAAAGUCAAGGAUGAAUCCGAUGCCGAGGAGAAGCCAGCACCUGCCAAGAAGGGACGAAAGGCAGUCGCGAAGAAGGUCAAGGACGAAGACGAAGACGACGCUCCCGCUCCCGCCAAACGAGGACGCAAAACUGCCCCCGCGAAGGCAAACGAGGAUGUGAAGCCUGCCCCUGCCAAGAAGGGACGAAAGGCUGCCACCAAGAAGGCAGCUGCUUCUGAGGAGGACGCUACUGAAGAAGAACAGGAGGAAGUGAAGCCGGCCCCAAAGACCAAUCUCCGUCGAGGCCGUUCUGCCAAGGCUUGA